GCAUUGACUCAUCAGCAUUCAAGCUGCUUGAUGCAAGUCUUGUGAAGGACGUGAUCCCGCAGUUGGGUCCAAGACUUAAAUUCAUUGACCGUUUUGAUAACUGGAAGAGAAAGGUUAGUAAGCAGCCAUAAGAUAUUCCUGGAAAGAAAAUGUUUUCGUGUUGCAAAUGUGUGAAAUCAUUUGAAAAAAGUGGGGAUCUAUGGAACCAUUUAAAGAUCCAUAACAUCAAUACGAAGACCAGAACAAAACUUGUGUGUCAUGUGCAAGAAUGUUUUAAAACAUUUUAUCAUGGUUAUAGCUACAAGCGGCACUUACAAUAUCAUGAUUCCAUUGCACAAAAUGUCAGUGAUGAAGAUUCUCAUGGAAAUGCUGUUUCUGAUGAUGAAAGUGUAUCAGAUCAGUCAGAAGUGCUGCCAAAUGAAAAACCCAACGAGGAAAUAUCAGCAAAUAUCAAACAUUCUGUUUCUGAAUAUGUAGCAAAACUUAAAAGCUCUUCCCUGCCAUCAUCUACUGUGCAAAGCAUCAUUUGUGACACACGGGAGCUGCUCAGGAAUGUAAAUGAAGCAGUUCUACAAGUGUCAGCCCCCGUCAUUGAGGACAUAGCUCAUGAUAUCAAACCGUCAGAUGAUAAAAUUGACAGUCUACAGUCAGUCCUCCACAUGGUGAAAGAUCCAUUUGAUUAUUUCAGUUUAUCUACUGUCCACAAGCAAAACCAAUAUGCCCACGAAUGUAAAGUUCUUAUUAAGCCAGAAGAAAUUGUUUUGGGCAAAGCAUACAGAGAAUGUUUGAAUGUGCGUACUGGAAGGACUGAGCAAAAACAAGUUGAUGAAACUUUUCAGUAUGUGCCAAUAGGAGACAGUCUUAAAGUGUUGUUGGAACAACCAGGCUAUAUGUCGGUCAUCAGUCAAGAAAAAGACUGUGCUGGUGAGAAAGAAGUUCUUCAGACUUAUAGAGAUGGAUCAUAUUAUAGGACUUUUGAAGGGAAACAAAACUGUUUGGAUAUUGAAUUGUUACUCUAUAAUGAUGACUUCGAGACAGCAAAUCCCCUCGGUUCAAAGAAAGGGAAACACAAACUUCUUGGAGUCUAUUUAACUGUUGCUUCUUUGCCCAAGAAAUAUCAAGCUAAGCUUGAAAAUGUACUUUUGGUCGCUUUAGCAAAAUCUUCUCUUGUGUCCAAAUAUGGUGUUAAUGCUGUUCUGCAGCGUAUUUCUGAUGAUCUUGAAGUUCUCUUUACCGAAGGUCUUCAUAUAGAUAGUCCAGAUGGAUUCAACGGCACCAUUCGUCUCAGACUUCUCCAGGCAGUCGGUGAUAACUUGGCUCUCAAUACCAUACUUGGCUUUGCUGGAAGUUUUAGUGCAAACUACUAUUGCAGGUUCUGCAAGGCACUUAAGGCAAUAUGCAGAAAACAGGAUAAAGCAAACGAUUCUGCAGAAUCUGUACUGACAGGCAUGCAGAUGGGCUGGGAGUCACCCGAGCUGUCUGAUGAUUUCAUGAUAUCAGAUGUGGAAUCAGUUCCUUUCGACCUUUCUCAGGCUUCAACUAUUGCAGUAGAUGAAGAUUCAUGCUCAUCAGUAGUCAAUGAUUUGAACAGCAGCAGUGACACGCCACCACUCAAGCGCCAGAAAGCAGUAAGAUACGAUGUGGGUGAAAUUCUAAAGAAAACCAUGGAAGGAAGAAAAACGUUGGAGGAAGUAACUCGAAUGAAAGUCUGCGCACCACACAACACUCGUGUCGUCUGUAAUUUGUGUACAGAGCACCUUGUAAACUUGCAUGGCCUAAGACCUGGCCCUGACAUGAAAGGGGCAAUGGCCUCCUCAAUCAUCGCAGAGUUCCCCUUCCUGAAAGAUCCAGCUGGAAAUGGAGAUGAGGAAUGGUACUUCAAAAGCUCCAAAUGUCCUGCAGGUGGUAGGAUAGAGAAUAGACUCAAGUAUUUAAGAAGAAUAACAGCGGAGAAAGACAAGAAGCAAGUCGGGGUUGGCAGUCCUGAGGAUAUAGCUUCAACAUCUUCCAGUGAGGAUCUAGCAUCUCCUCAGAUGAAUUAUGAUCUUGCAGACAUGAAAGUCAUCACUGAAUGGUUGAAAAGUCAUAACACCCCCCAAAAAGAUGUUGUGGCCAAAAUGCAGCUGACAUCAGCAUAUAGAAAGGACUUUGUACAUUCAACACUGCCGGGAAGUUCCAGGAAAAAGCCUUGUGUGGCUGAAGUGCUGGAUGAGUUUCCACAUCUCCUUUCCCCUGGAAUGAUUGAGCAAGACUACGAAAUGCUGUUUUCGGGGAGAGGAAAGCACCUCUAUACAAAGUGGCCGGUGGUGUCUGCGUGCAUCCUAGAAUAUGCAAACCGAGUAAGCCCAGGGUGGAAGGCCAGAUUUAACGUUCAGCAUAGAAAAGACACAGACUUCAGUCAAGAUGAGAGGAUGAACCUGGCAUUUUGCCUUCUCUCGCAUUUGUUCCCUGGAAAGAAGUCAACAAAGGGAGGAAGAGCUUCCAUCCAAGAAGCCUUGGAUAAUUUCAUUGACUUUCAAAAGGAGGGGACCAAUGUAGAGGCAUACAAAUCUUCGCAUGGGAGGAACCAACCUUUCAUCCUAGCCCUAGGAGGACACUUCUGCAAUCCAGCUCAGACUUUUGUUGUAUUGGAGCACCACGUUCUUGAGCAGAAGAGUCUCGUUGCAGCUGUAGAUUUGUGCUACAAGAUCUUUCAGAUCUUUGAUCUACAGUAUCCAUGCCAGGCAAGAGCAAUGUGGGUUGUGAUGGACACCAUUGCUUUUGAUGUCAAACCAGGAGCUCAAGAGUCUGGUGCAGUGAGAGCCUUCAGGGCAUAUUACCAUUUCAACCAGAAAUAAAGCCUUGGAAUGUGUUGUUCUAUCAACAGGCCUUUUGAAAUUGAAAUGAUCACUUAGAAAAUUGUCAUUAAAAAGAAAACAGAUUUAUGAACCCCAAACUAUUAUAAUAUUUUGAAAGAGUA